CUUCUUCCACUACACCCCUCCACACGGAACCAAAGUGGUAUCGCCCUCAUGAAUCCAACAUGGACGCCCUGAUUCAGCUAAAAUUAUUGUGAACUUUUGUGAAUGAGCCGUGAAGUGUUGAAUCGACAUUGAAUAGCUUCAGACAGAGGCUGUUCAAUCACUGGCAGACUAAUGCGGAUGAAUUAAUGGACGGAGCCGAUCCUGAGGACUGUGUUAAUCCUCCGAGUGGGUUGACAUCCGUGUCCGGUGCAUAAGUCUGAAUCUGAGCUGCUGCUGCUGCUGUCCACCGUGCAAGUUUGUGACAUAUCGGUGACUCACAUGUGAGCUCUGCAAGUGUGUAUUGAUGGAGGCAGACACACAGAUGGAUCUCGGACAAAUCAACGGGGUGUACGGAGAGGUCGGCGGCCUCCCCACGCCUGUCGCUGCCCAUGUGAGUGAGGAGCAGCUCCCAGAGCUCCGGAUCUACACUGUGUCUGCAGAGUGGAGUCAGCGCGACCCGGUCCGAGGCUCCAGACUUCAUUUUUCACAACAGUGGACUGUGAUCGCAGACAGCAACAACCACAAGAGCAUCAAGACUGUCCUCCCACCAGGACCCUGUGUACAUGUGUGCGCAGAGUUACUGACUGCGCUCUCUCCCAUCCGAGGACUGAGGGCCUUGAUCAGAGAAACAUGUGGCCACCAGCUUCUCGAGAUAUGGGACCAUUAUGGCCUCAGGAAAUGCCUCAACCUGACAGCUCUUGACAAACACGGCAGAGUGUACGACGACGCCCAGUUUGGCUGUCUGUCAUGGUCGGACUGUGAGAAUAGACUGCUGUACGUAGCUGAGAAGAACAAGUUCAUGGAAACAAAUGAUGGGGAAUCUUUAUGUGGGAAGGACAGGAGAGUGUACUGUGAAGACUGGGGUGAAGGUCUGUCCAAUAAGAGUGUUGCUGUGAUUUGUGUGGUGAAUCUGCAGAACGGCCACAUUAACGUGCUGCAGGGAGUCCCACCUGACGUUUCCCCUGGACAGGCUCUGUGGGCUUGCAGCAGUCAGUCAGUGAUUUUUGUCGGUUGGUACCACGAACCGUUCAGGCUCGGACUGAAGUUCUGCUCCAACCGCAGGUCUGCGUUAUUCAAGCUCGACAUGGAUGGAAACUGUGAGUGUCUGUCUGGGGACAACGUGUCCGUGUCCUGUCCCAGGCUGAGUCCAGAUGGGUCCACGUUGAUCUAUAGGCAGGGUCGAGUGUUUGGUCCUCACAGCCAGUGCCUCAGUCUGCAGCAGUUGGACCUGAGGAGCGGGAAGACAUCUACACUGUUGGAUGUUGUCGACAGACCACAGGCCGGCGAGUUUGCAGGUGUCUAUGAAGCUCUGCCGUCCUCCUGUUGGUCUGAAGACAGUCAGAGAGUAGUGUUCAGCAGCCCUCGCAGAAACUGGAAGGAUCUCUUUAUGGUUGACAGAAGAUCAAGCAAAGUUACCUCCCUCUCUGAUAGUCUUUCUGCUCUUCCCAGACUUUAUGGCAGCUGGAAGCUGCUGACCAUACAGAACGACCUGAUGGUUGUCUGCUGCUCGAGUCCCAACAUACCUCCCACUCUGUUAGUGGGUUUUCUUCCCUUGGCAGGUGAAGCUGUGACCUGGCGAACCCUGCAGCCGCCCAUCAGGACCUUUGAUUUCCACUGGACAGUUCUAGAUGUUACACCACCCCCAGAGGAGGACAACACACACUACUCUGGUUUAGACUUCGGGGCUAUCCUGGUGAAACCGUCUCGUUACCUCCAUGAAGCAAAGAUACCUCUGGUUGUCUACAUCCACGGUGGCCCCCACUCCCAGUUCCCAGUCGAGUGGAACUGCACCACAGCUGGACUCGCUAAACUCGGCUUCGCUGUGCUCAUGGUGAACUACCGUGGAUCCACAGGGUUUGGUCAGGACAGCAUUUUGUCCCUGAUCAGUCACAUCGGAAGCCAGGAUGUAAAAGACGUGCAGAGGGCCGUGCUCACUGCGCUGCAGACGGACAACACCCUUGACCCUAAACGCUUGGCUGUGAUUGGUGGUUCUCACGGGGGUUUCCUAUCUUGUCAUCUGGUUGGUCAGUACCCAGAGUUCUACAGAGCGUGUGCGGCUAGGAACCCUGUAAUUAAUGCCGCUACUUUGUUGGGCACCAGCGACAUAGUAGACUGGCGUUACAGCAGUAUGGGGUUUCAGUACUCGUAUGACCAGAUUCCCACAGCUGAAGCCCUUGCUGCUAUGUUAGAGAAGUCACCCAUCAUACAUGCUGCCCAGAUCAAGGCUCCAGUGCUGCUGAUGCUGGGGGGCAGAGACAAGCGAGUGUCUCCUCACCAGGGUCUGGAGCUCUAUAAAGCGCUGAAGAGCAGAGCGUUACCUGUCAGAUUGUUGUGGUUUCCAGAUGAUGGACACUCUCUGUCCAGAGUGGACACACAGGCAGAUUGCUUCCUCAACACAGUGCUAUGGAUGCAGCAGCAUGUCUAAACACACACACCCACACACAAGAAACAAGUGUUUCUGAGCGAGUCUGUUGCUGAACAUCCUCAAAAGAGGAUACAUUUAAUUCAGUAUUACAGUAGUUGACGAUCUUGAAUACAUCACUGCCUUUUUAACGACAAAAACACAUUCUGCAUGUUACAAUGUACUAAAUUUUGUAAAAACAUUUCCAUAUCGAAGCAUAAAAUAAAGAAAAUGUUACAAAUCUGUA